UACAUGGGCCUUAUGGGGCUAAAACUCAAGGUCCGAGCAGGUUCUGAAGGUUUUCAGAAGCAAAAGAACCUUGUCUUUCCCAGCUCCUUGCCAGCAACUGCAUUCCUUGACUCAGGACCCCUGCCUCCAUCUUCAGAGCCAGUGGCUUAGCACCGUCAGAUCUCUUCCUGUGACUCUCCCGCCUCCCUCUUCCACCUUAUAAGGAUCCAUGUGGUUUUGCAGAACCCACACUGAGCCCACCCAGAUAAUCCAGGAUGACCUCUCCGUCUCCUUAAGUCACUCUUGAGAAAGUCCCUUCUGCAUGUCUGCUCACACUCAGGGGCGAGGGUGUGAGGGCAUUCGUCUGCCUGCCACGCCCUCCCCCCAGCUGCUAUGGUUCUGAUUCUGGAUUUUCAUGGCUCAUCCAAGCACUGGGAGAGGCUCAGCAGGAGGCCAGGGGUGGAGGGAAGAUGGGCACAUUUUUGGGGGAGGGAAGCGUGUGCCCCAGGCUGGGGAGCGGGUGGAGGGCUGAGGGCAUAUGGACUCUGAAGCCUGGCCUUGGCUCCUUAUCUGCAGGCACCAUAAGCAAGUAAAUCACUUAACCUCUUCCUGCCUCAUUUAAGGAGUGAAUGUAUGGAAUUUGUGGAAUUCCUGGCACAGAGUGAGCAUAAGAUAACCCUGUGGACAGAUAAGCCCCCGUCCCAGCCCCCGAGAGGCCCAGCGCUGGCUGCAAAGGCAGCAAGGAAGCUUCAGGAACAGCCACAUGUGGACCCCCAGGGGGAGGGGCAGGGUGCGGACUUGGACCCAGACAAGGAGGCUGGCCCUCGUCUUCAGAGGUUUUGUCCCCUGGUUUCGAGGCACGGGGGACACGUUUUACAGGGUGAGGAGUUGGCUGCCCGCGCCCUGUGCUGCCUUCACAGAAGGGGCCCAGUUGGGGGACAAUGGUGGGGUGGGGCCGCCAAGUCACAGUGGGGGGCCCCCUUUAUAUACAAGUCCCCGCCAAGGGCUGUGGACAGACCCAACCAACACUAUUAACAGCAAGAGCAGGGGGCAGGCCUCAGCCUCCUCCCCCCGUACCCCCAAGGCCAGCUGCUGCCUCAGCCCGAGUUGUCCACCUGUGACCCCUCCAGCACGAUGGUCCGAUGCUGCGUGAAGAGUCCGACUGAAAGUCCACCUGGGCAGCAGGGCUCCGGGCAGCAGGGCGAGACAGAGAGCCCGGAUCAGACGCGGGAGCUGAGGCCAGAGGACAUCCCGGUCCACGGGAGGACUCACAGAGGCCGAUACCACUACAGACACAGGAGCCACACUCGGCGGCGCCCCUGCCGAAGGCGCCGGAGAAGGGCCUGCAGGCACAGGAGGCGCCGCAGAGGUGUGGCGGGCCCCCCCUGCGCUCCCAUCCCGGGCACCCCCCAGGCCUCCAGGCCAGGGCUUAGGCUGCCGAAGGAUGAAGAGGAGGAGGAGGAGAUGCGGAAGGCAGCUCUAAGCUUCCCUGGGCCCCCUGGAAAGAGCCACCUGCCAGGAAGCCCCUCGCCAGACCACAGCACAUCCCCCUUGGAGCCCGCGAGAUCUUGAGUAAAAUGAGCAAAAGUCAUCUGCCAAAUAAAGCUUGAGAUAAGGAACU